UCCAUCGUCAUUACAACACAAAGAAAGCAAGAAAGAAAAAAGGAUCCUCUCUUGUAACUUCCUUCUUUUCCACUUGCCAUCCGCGAAACAAGGGCGAAAAUGGAAGCUUGGACUUUCCACAACAGUUACUCCGACGAUCAGUUUCCAAAAUCGGAGCUCGAGUACUAUUUCUCCCCGCCGAAAUCCACGUCAUCAUCAUCUCCUCUCGACUCUUUCACCAGCUCCAGCUGCUGGGAUGACUUCCUCACGCUUCCCGACGAUUCCACUUCCCCCGCCGUCGAAAUCAUGGCGGCGGCGGCGGAAGAGCCGAUGAUCCCUGCCGGCGGAGCCGACUUACCGUUCUUCUCGCACCAAUACUCCUCCGAGUCCAACGACAGGGCAAGAGAGGAAGAGCUGACCUCCGACGACGCGGCGGCGCAGACGUCAUCGUCGUCGUCGUCGCCGUCAUCAUCAUCGUCGCCGGCGUACAGGGGGGUGAGGAAGAGGCCGUGGGGGAAGUUCGCGGCGGAGAUAAGGGACUCAACGAGGAACGGGGUGAGGGUGUGGCUGGGGACGUUCGACAGCGCCGAGCAGGCGGCGAUGGCCUACGACCAGGCCGCAUUCGCCGUCCGGGGACCCAUGGCGGUGCUCAACUUCCCGGUGGAGAGGGUGAGGGAGUCGCUGGAAGGGAUGAACUGCGGCGGCGGCGGGAUGUUCGACGAUCAAAAAGCCGACGCCGGGUGCUCGCCGGUGCUGGCCCUGAAGCGCCGCCACUCCGUCCGGAGAAAGUCAACGUGUAAGAAGAGCAAGGACCGGCGCCCGGCGCCGGGGAAGCAGCUGUUGGGAGGUGCCGCUACGACAGCGACGGCGGCGGCGGGGCAGAGCAAUGUGGUGGUGCUAGAGGAUCUAGGAGCGGACUAUUUGGAGGAAUUGUUGAGGGCUUGUACCGACAACCAUCGCUAGAUUUCCGGAAUUAUUCACCUGCGGAAACGGGAAAAAACAAUCCCGGAGAAAAACAACAACUACAACUGGAUAUAUAGAAUAGAAGAAGGGGAAAAAAAAUUGGUUUAUUUUUGUGAAUUCUAUGUUUCAUUUUUUCUUUUCCUGCGAGCACCACGUAAAAAUGUUCUGGCAUGACUGCACGUGGACGGGUCACCUACUACUCUGGUCUAAAUCCCACCAAGACACCAGAAUUAGCGAUUUCUAGUUUUUUUCUUUCCACUUUUGGUUGUCUUCUUUACUUUGGUAAGAACAGAAAUAAUACGUACCAUUGGUU